CCGUUUAACGUAAGUACGGCUCUGAUACGGUAUCGUUGCAUAAUAGUCCGCAUCGUGCUGUCAUGCUCACGUUGCGACGAAGCAUACACGUGCAUAUCCCAGUGAAACGCGGAAUGUGUUUGUGAUUAAAUCGAAAAUUGUGACUGUCUUUACUUGUUAAUAUCAAUUAUCGUCAUCAUAAUUAAUACGUGAAUAUUGAAAAAAAUGAAUUUUACAUCAGAUAUGAAGUUUGCAUACGCGUAUACAUAAAGGUUUUCGUAAGCGAAUAAAAUUUGCAUUACAGGAAUUUAUUAAGACUGUAUUAUUUAUUUCAAAAAAGCUUCUGACUGUUUAUUGGUAUGACUUUUAUAAAUUGUAUAUUUAAAGGAAGCAACAAUGUGAUUUAUUUUCUCGUUAAAUAAAUUAAUUUUUUGAGUGUCAUCGUACGCGUUCAGUGAUAUGGAUCGAUGAUUAUAUACCUAUAGACUUUUACAAAUUCAUAUUAUAUAACGCAUAAAUGGUGAUAUGCAAAAAAGAAUUAUUAAUUCCGUCGUGCAGAAAGAUACCUAUAUGUUUUUGCAUAAUUUCUCACUUUUGACAUUAUAAUCCAGACGGAUUCAAGAGUCGACUGUAAAUAUUUGUAAGCGGAAAUAUAUUUUUUCAUCAGAUAUACAUCAAGACUCCGAUCGUAUCAGCUCUAUACCACGACGCAUGCGUGAGACGGACUCGUUCGCGCGCACGUGAUCAAACCUUGGAUACAUUUAUGGUAUUUUUGUCUCUGGUCUAUUGGUACCGAUUCAUCGUAUCGUUCAGCCGAUUAAUCAGUCAGCCGGCCGUCCAAUUAUCCAUGCGGCAUGCGCGCGGCAGCGAGACUUCCUUCGCCGGCUUUGACUCACGACUGCCACUUCGUAAGUGCCGGUUAUCAGCAAGCAAAGUCCGUCGACGGACCUCAACUUGAGUCUGUCAGUUUCGCGUCGCUUGCCUUCGCUGCCUGUAUCUGGUGCCUCUAUAUUAGGUAGUCGCGCGCGCUACGAUGGACCUCUUCGAGAACAUCCCAUGUAUCCCCAAGUUGUAUUACGGAGCGUUACUGGCAGUCGGUUUCUGUAUUUAUUAUCUCUGCGAGGUCGUCAAGACACCCUUGCUGGUUUCUGCCGAUGGGCCAUUCCGAUUAUUUUUGGAAGCGAAUAUUCCGCUCGUACAAAAUAAAUUCUGGCCGACAUUAUGGUGCUUCGAAUCGCGAGCGCAGACCAUUUUAGCCAGUAUCCUAAGAUCCCGAUUAUUACCGCCUGUCAAAUAUCGCAGAGAAAUUCUAACUUUGCGCGACGGUGGUGAAGUGGCAUUGGAUUGGGCCGAAAAAGAUUGCUCCGUUACUUCGCCUAUCGUUAUCAUUUUACCUGGUCUUACGGGUGGUAGUCAAGCGGAAUAUGUCAAAUGUUUGGUAUCAGCCGCAAGAAAAAUUGGAAUACGAUGUGUGACUUUCAACAAUAGAGGUUUAGGCGGGAUGAAAUUGAAGACCCCGCGAACGUAUUGUGCUGCUAAUUAUGAUGACUUAAGUGAAGUUGUAGAACACGUAAGGAAACUUCAUCCUCACGUACCCCUCGGAGCAACUGGAAUCUCCAUGGGAGGGUUGAUCUUAGGCAAUUAUUUGUCACGAGAAGGCUCAACAGCAAGAACAAAAUUAAAAGCAUGUCUUAUUAUCUCAGUACCGUGGAACGUGUUCGAAGCAACAAAGAAUACCGAAGAAAAUUACUUUAAUUUAAUGCUGAAUAAACAUCUAGCUAGUAAUCUACGUCGUACGAUAGAACAAUAUCAUACUUCUGAUGUUGGACCUUUCGAAAGCAUAGAUUUUGAAACGCUUCUAAAGAGCCAAACAAUAAGAGAGUUUGAUUCGCAUUUUACGGCAAAGCACUUUGGAUAUAAAAACGUCGAUGAAUAUUAUCGCGCCGCAACGCUCAAUGAAAAAUUGCAACUGAUCGAAGUUCCUACCUUGUGUCUCAGCGCAGCGGAUGAUCCAUUUCAACCUCUGGAAGCGAUACCUCUGAAAGAAAUACGCAAAACCAAAAACGUGGCCGUAGUAGUAACGUCACGUGGGGGACAUAUUGGUUUUCUAGAAGGUGUUUGGCCAGUCAAGGAGGAACAGUAUAUGGGAAAAUUCUUUUCGCAAUUUUUCGCGGCCAUGUUCACCAGCGGUUUUGACCACUAGCAAAAUAUUUGAUGCAAUUUAUAGAUCAAGUACACGAUACAUCACAUAUAUCAAUGUUGAUUGUCUCGCUAUCGUCGAAAGAUACGAGUUACGAUAUUGUUUAUCUGUUUUAAUUUUUCCAUAAAUUGAAGCGUGAUCGUAUAUAUUUUAAUUAAAAUAAUUUCUCAUUACAUUCCGAUAUCACAUUUUAACGUAAAGCUUGGAACUAAAGUUAUACUUUAGUCGCUUAGAAAGUGUAAAUAAUUCCAAGUUCUGUUACAUUUUAUUAUGAUUAUUAAAUGAAUUCAAUGUUUAUUGAAUAAAAGUGUUUGCCAAUUUUAAUAUUGCAAUUUUAGCAAUAGUGAACACACAUUGAAUUUAUCCUCGGGUAUAUCAAUAGUUAAUAAAAAUUGACUUUUAUAAGAA